AUGAACCUAGUACGAUGGACACCAUUUGGCGAGUUUGAUCAUCUGGUCCGUUCUCUGGAGCAGUCGCGUUCACCUGUGCGCCGCGCUGAUUGGUUACCGUUGGUGGAUAUCCGCGAAUCUGUGGAAAGCUAUCAUAUUGAUGUGGAAGUGCCUGCGGUGGCAGCGGAAGACCUGUCUGUAACGGUCGCCGAAGGCGUGUUGAAUGUGAGUGGAGAACGACGUUCAGCAGUGUCUGAUGAGGAUAACCGCACACACCGCACUGAACGCCGCUAUGGUCGCUUCGAACGCAGUUUCAGUCUGCCCGAGGAUGCGGAUCCAGAAGCGAUUUCUGCCGAAAGCCGAGAUGGCGUGCUCUAUCUGAGUAUUGCUAAACGUGCACCCGAAGUCGCGAAGAAGAUAGAUGUGAAGGCGGGCACCCCUGCUGGCAAAGCCUUUGAUAUGGCUGUCAUUGUGCUGAUUCUGUUGAGUGUUGGCGCCAUCAUGCUUGACAGCGUUGACGCAAUUAACGCUGUUUAUGGCGACUGGUUGUACGUUGCAGAAUGGGUGUUCACGCUGCUCUUUACAGUGGAAUAUGCAUUACGUCUGUGGUGCAUCCAGAACACCUGGCGCUACGCCCGUAGUUUUUACGGCGUUAUCGAUCUCAUCUGUAUAUUGCCCACCUAUCUGAGCUUGUGGUUCGCCGGGUCGCAGUAUUUUCUGGUCAUCCGGGUGCUGCGGGUUUUGCGUAUUUUCCGUGUGUUGCGCAUGGUGCGCUAUGUCGGUGAGGCCGAGCUGAUUACCCAGGCGCUGGUGGCAUCCCGCCGUAAGAUCACAGUGUUUGUCGCCUCUGUGCUCUGCCUGGUCGUGAUAUUCGGUUCUUUUAUGUACCUUAUUGAAGGAGGCAGGGGCGGCGGGUUCAGCAGUAUUCCCAAUAGUAUCUAUUGGGCUGUUUCCACCAUGACCACUGUUGGCUAUGGAGAUAUCACGCCGCAAACCCCAUUGGGCAGGGCUCUGGCGACGGUGAUUAUGAUUAUGGGUUACGGCAUUAUUGCGGUGCCGACAGGCAUCGUCACCCUGGAGCUCAACGAAGCCAAUCGCCGGGCAGCCAAUACCCGCACCUGUCCACACUGUUCCGCUGAAGGCCAUCUGCGUGAAGCAUCUUACUGCUGGCGAUGUGGGGAACACCUGUACCGCGAAUCAGCAACCAACUGA